ACCAACCCAUACAAAUUCGAACCGUCGGAACUCCCUCCCCGUGGCCACCGCAUGAACAUACGCCCUCUGUCUUCCGUUCCAUCGCUAAACGCCAAAGUAACGUAACGAAAACAAAUAUUCGCUUCCUGGCUCACAAAAUCGCUCCCAAAAUCCCCGAUCUCCCACGCGCCUUCUGCUUCCGCCAUGGCCGAGAAGCGAACCGAUCCCGAUUCCGAGUUCUUUCUCGACGACGACGACGACGACGACGUUGAGGUCACCAAAAGCACGGAUGAUCGUAGCAACAGCGGUUACAGCGAUGGAGACGACGCCGGGAACGACCUCGGACGUCGGAGCUCCACCUUCACUUCUCAGCAAUGGCCGCAGAGUUACAGAGAGACAACGGAUUCUUAUACAAUCAUGGCUUCACCAAAUUUUGGAAUGUUUCGUAUUCCAAGUUUAUUGCAACAAAGCUUGCAGAAUCAUAGUAGAAGUAGUUUAGACAUGGACGGAAAGACUCCUUUAUUAUCUGAUUAUGGUGGAGCUGAUCAAAAUGAGGAUUUGGAUAAGAUCUCAAGAAUGCAAUCAUUAAGGUCAGAUAAAGCCUCAUAUUCUAAGCAAUUGACUAGUGAACUUCCUAUUGCCCACGGUUGCAGUUUCACAGAGACUAUCUUCAAUGGAAUUAAUGUAUUGGCUGGAGUAGGACUUCUCUCUACACCAUAUACUGUAAAAGAAGCUGGUUGGGCUAGUUUGGGAGUACUAGUUCUUUUUGCCAUUGUGUGUUGUUAUACAGCGUCACUUAUGAGGUACUGCUUCGAGAAGAGAGAGGGAGUCAUAACAUACCCAGAUUUAGGAGAAGCUGCCUAUGGAAAAUUUGGACGUCUUUUUGUCUCUAUCAUUUUAUAUUUGGAAUUAUAUAGUUAUUGUGUGGAAUUUAUUAUCUUGGAAGGAGACAAUCUAACCAAAUUAUUUCCUGGAGCAUCGUUGAGUUGGGGUGGUAUCCAGUUAGACUCGAUACAUCUUUUUGGAAUUUUAACUGCACUGAUCGUUUUGCCCACUGUUUGCCUGAGAGAUCUCCGUGUGAUCUCAUACCUGUCAGCUGGUGGGGUCCUUGCAACCAUUGUAAUAGUCCUGUGCAUAAUUUUUCUUGGUACAAUUGGAGGCAUAGGAUUUCAUCAAACUGGUCAAGUUGUGAACUGGAAGGGCAUUCCUUUUGCAAUUGGUGUGUAUGGAUUUUGUUAUUCUGGCCAUUCCGUGUUUCCAAAUAUUUAUCAAUCAAUGGCAGAUAAAACAAAGUUUAGCAAGGCACUAAUAAUAUGCUUUAUUUUGUGUGUUAUAUUCUAUGGGGGUGUUGCAGUCAUGGGAUUUCUCAUGUUUGGCCAAAAUACGUUAUCCCAGAUAACUUUGAAUAUGCCAAAACAUGCUGUUACCUCUAAAAUUGCAGUGUGGACAACAGUUAUCAAUCCAUUCACCAAAUAUGCACUGUUGAUGAAUCCAUUGGCAAGAAGUAUUGAGGAGCUACUACCAACUAGAAUUUCAGACAGCUACUGGUGUUUCAUUCUCCUAAGAACAACACUUGUUGCUUCUUCUGUUUUUGUUGCUUUCCUUCUGCCCUUUUUUGGUCUUGUGAUGGCUUUAAUUGGCUCAUUUCUCAGCAUACUCGUGGCGGUAAUAAUACCAACAAUGUGCUUUUUAAAAAUCAUGGGAAGGGAAGCUACAAAGAUGCAGAUCACUUCGAGCAUCACCGUUAUCGGACUGGGCAUCGCCAGCGCGACUCUCGGGACAUAUUCUUCUUUGUCAGAGAUUGCAGAUAGUUACUGAAACAGGCACAAUAUGUAUGCAUAAAUUUACUGUAUGCUUCAUGUCUGUAGUCGUUAAGCAUCAUACUUUUAGCUUUCGAUAUUGUCUGUUAUCAUCUAACUAAUAUGUUGUAUCUUUUUAAGAGUGUGUUUGGAUUAACUA